AUGAAGACUACUGUGAAGUGUACAUUAUUAAUCAUUUUAGGUGUGGAAAUCAUUAUAGGGUGUUUAGGAAAUGGAUUCAUAGCUAUGGUGAACAUCAUGGACUGGGCCAAGAGAAGAAAGAUCUCCUUAAUGGAUCAGAUAGUCACUGCUCUAGCCAUCUCCAGACUUGCUUUUGUGGGGUCACUACUCAUAUUUUUAUUCAUAUCUGAGGUGCAAUUACCAUUGAUGAUAACAGGAAAAAUGAUGAGAAUAAUUAAUAAUUCCUGGACAGUGACCAAUCAUUUCAGCAUAUGGCUUGCUACAUGUCUCAGCAUCUUUUAUUUUCUCAAGAUAGCCAACUUUGCAAAUUCUAUUUUUCUUUCCCUAAAGUGGAGGGUAAAAACCGUGGUUUCAGUAACACUACUGGUGUCUCUUCUCCUCUUGUUUGUAAAUGUUUUGGUCAUAAACACAUGUAUUGUUAUCUCGGUUGACAGAUAUAAAGUAAAUAUGUCCUACAGUUCUCAUUCAAAUAACAAUUUACAGACUUCUAGAAUGCCUUUUUUAACCAACACUAUAUUUACACUAAUACCCUUCAUUGUGACUCUGACAAUAUUUCUCCUGCUCAUCUUCUCCCUUUGGAGCCAUCUGAAGAACAUGCAGUACAGUGCCAAAGGCUCCAGACACCUAAACACAACAGCCCACAUUAAGGCCCUGCAAAUGGUGGUUACCUUUCUCAUUUUAUACAUCUUUUUCUUUCUGGCACUUGUCAUGCAGUCUUGGAAUACUAAGAUUCAGCUAAAUACUGUAUUCAAUUUUGUUUUUGAGGCUAUAGCGCUUGCUUUUCCUUCAGGCCACUCCUAUGUCCUAAUUCUGGGAAAUUGUAAGCUCAGACAGGCUUUUCUAUCCAUAAUAUGGUGGCUGAGGUCCAAUUUUUAUGCUGCAGAAUUCCCAGGUCCUUAG